GUCACGCGCUUUAACCCGGACGUGAAGCAGCGCUCGAGGAAAAAAAAAAAAACAACCAAAAAAAAAAAAAAACGAUACGGUCGAAGGAAAGAUUUUGAAAAGUUUCCCGAGGAAAACCGGAACAGCACACGUCUGAGACACAGACACAGAUAACACCCAGCCCCGAACCACAGAGAGAGAGAGACGGAGUGACCGAGACGCGCACGCUCACCUGGCUCAGCGAUGGAAACACCUGCCUAAACAGAUGUUUAAUGGCUGCUUAUCUGAACUAGGUUCUCGUGCGACUUAAACACACCUCUCAAGAUUUCACCGCUGAUCUGAUCUUUGAGUGACUCUUCACCACCACCACCACCACCAUCACCAGGUGUCGCAGCUCAACACUCCUAAGAGUGUGUGAGGAAGUCCUCUCGCUCACAGAGGGAGUGUUUGGAAGUGUGUGUGUGUGUGUGUGUGGGUCUGUCAUCUGCUGAUAGGUGUUGUGCCCCCCACCCUCACACCACACACUCAAAGCUGGCGAUGUCCAGGGUCCCGAGUCCGCCCCCUCCUGCUGAGAUGACCAGCGGCCCUGUGGCUGAGAGCUGGUGUUACACACAGAUCAAAGUAGUGAAGUUCUCCUACAUGUGGACCAUCAACAACUUCAGCUUCUGUCGGGAGGAGAUGGGCGAGGUCAUCAAAAGCUCCACCUUCUCUUCAGGAGCAAACGACAAACUCAAAUGGUGUUUGCGGGUGAACCCGAAAGGGUUAGAUGAAGAGAGUAAAGAUUACUUGUCCCUCUAUUUGCUCCUGGUAAGCUGUCCAAAGAGCGAAGUGCGUGCAAAGUUUAAGUUCUCCAUCCUUAACGCUAAGGGCGAAGAGACCAAAGCCAUGGAGAGUCAGCGGGCUUACAGAUUCGUGCAAGGCAAAGACUGGGGCUUCAAAAAGUUCAUAAGGCGGGACUUCCUGCUGGAUGAAGCCAACGGGCUGCUACCCGAUGACAAGCUGACGCUCUUCUGUGAGGUGAGCGUAGUGCAGGACUCGGUGAACAUCUCCGGACAGAACACAAUGAACAUGGUGAAGGUUCCAGACUGCAGACUGGCUGAUGAGCUCGGUGGUUUGUGGGAACAUUCCCGCUUCACAGACUGCUCACUCUGCGUCGCUGGCCAGGAGUUCCAGGCACACAAAGCCAUUCUAGCAGCUCGUUCUCCUGUUUUCAGCGCCAUGUUUGAGCAUGAAAUGGAGGAGAGCAAAAAGAACCGAGUGGAGAUCAACGACGUGGAGCCCGAGGUCUUCAAGGAGAUGAUGUGUUUUAUUUACACCGGCAAAGCACCCAACCUGGACAAGAUGGCCGACGACCUUCUCGCUGCUGCUGACAAGUACGCUCUGGAGCGCCUGAAGGUGAUGUGCGAGGACGCUCUGUGUACGAGUCUGUCGGUAGAGAACGCCGCUGAGAUCCUGAUCCUGGCCGACCUGCACAGCGCCGAUCAGCUCAAAACCCAAGCCGUCGACUUCAUCAACUACCAUGCAUCUGAUGUGAUGGAGACCUCCGGCUGGAAGUCCAUGGUGGCGUCUCAUCCUCACCUGGUCGCCGAGGCGUACCGUUCCCUGGCAUCGGCCCAGUGUCCCUUUCUGGGCCCACCCCGAAAGCGCCUCAAACAGUCAUAGUGCCCUUAGCUUUAACCCACCCACCCCACUUGACAGGGACUGCCCACAAAGAGGCGCCAUUCUUAAAUUUACCCCUUAACUUCUAAAUAUACUCCCUGUAGGGACUCUAGCCAACCCUUGAUCCCGAGGUACUGUGUUCUGUAGCGUCCCUCCCUGUUCUCCUUAACGUCCUCAAUCCCCCUCCCAAAACAAACCCAGGCGUGCCAGGGAACCUCCAGCAGAACGAUCAUCAAUAGAGGCAGCGCUGUACCUGAGGGUUCCUCCCAGCUCUGCUCCCUCUUUGAUGCCCCUUCCUUACUGCCCAGUCUAAACAGGAUAAGCGGGCUUUCGGUGGGAUCCUGGACUUGGCGGUGUCUCCAGAUCAGUUGGGCAAGUUGGAUGGUGACUACAUAUACAGGACACAAGGACUCUAUCGGUGGACUGUGACCUUCCCCACUGUCCCCUGCGAUGGAUUCUCCUUUACUGUGUUGUGUCAUUUUGUUCCUUUUCGUAAUGACCAGAUGGAUUUUUUUAGGAUGAGAACAAGAACCCAGCGAUUGUUGGGGAACUGCAGCGCUUUUAAAUAGGUAGCUUGUUUCCUUAUGAUGACAUCAGCAUUUCGUUCCGAUGUUCGAGUAGGUCAUGUGUCUCUCUUUGAUGACAUUUUAUCCUCAACCUGUCGCAAGUGUAAGAUCCUGAAGAAAGUGACUUUUACCAAAUCUUUCUUGCUGAUGUUCUCUGACCCGACUCCUGAUUGGCCAGUUGGAGAAUAAGAGGUGCAGAUGGACUUCCUGUAUGUCUCCAGAGUAUUGGAGAGUAUGUGAUUGAGCAGAACGAUGGAAGAGGGUUGUAAGAAGGGGGGAGUAUGUAAAUAUGAGAUGUUUCUUUUAAUGUUUAUUUGAGAUUUUUCUUUCUUGUAGCACUUCUGUAUUUAAACCCAGGCUUUCUGUAUGAAAACAAAAACUACCCAAAAAAAAACAUAAUAAACUUGGCUGUGCUCAUG